AUGAUAAUGGGGAACCCUCAGAUGACCUGGUCCCUGCCAUUCUGGACACAGCCCAUCAGUACAACAUCCAGGUAUGGAUCCCAUGGUGCAUUUUACCGCUAUAAGAACAGCAUGGGCAAGAGCCUCCCACUCUUUUAUAUCUACGAUUCAUACCUGACGUCCCCUGAGGCCUGGGCCCACCUCCUGACACAAAGUGGGCCCCACUCGAUCCGCAACACUCCCUACGAUGGGGUCUUCAUAGCGCUGCUGGUGGAGGAGGGCCACACCCAUGACAUCCUUGCGGGAGGAUUCGAUGGCAUGUACACCUACUUUGCUUCCAAUGGUUUCUCCUUUGGCUCCUCCCACCAGAACUGGAAAGCUGUGAAGAACUUCUGUGAUGCCAACAACCUCAUGUUUAUUCCCAGUGUGGGGCCUGGAUACAUUGACACCAGCAUCAGACCCUGGAACAACCACAAUACUCGCAAUAGGGUUAACGGCAAGUACUACGAGACAGCCCUGCAAGCGGCUCUGACCGUGAGGCCUGAGAUCGUCUCCAUCACCUCUUUUAAUGAGUGGCAUGAGGGCACACAGAUAGAAAAGGCUGUUCCUAAGAAGACACCAACUCGCCUGUAUCUGGACUAUCUGCCUCACCAGCCCAGUCUCUAUCUGGAGCUGACCCGCCGCUGGGCAGAGCACUUCAUCAAGGAGAAGGAGCAGUGGCUGAUGUGAAGGGCUGCCACCCAAGCUUUCUAGGUCACUAGGCUGGCUCACUGAGGGUGUAGGCACUCGCUAGUCCCCAGAAGUGAGCAGCUGAGUACUUCUGGGUGGGCCAUCUAGUCAGGGCCCAUGGAAAACAGCCUGGUCCCCAGACUGUGGUGCUGGGUGCUUGGCAGUGAUGAGAAGUGUGGCGUAUUGAAGAGGGAGAGGCUGGCAGGUGGCUGCGCAUAGCUCGGGGCAGCUCCACAUCCUCAGAAUGCUUUCACUCUUCUGGCCUGGCUUGCAGCUUGGCGGCAGGCUGUUGUGUAGUGGAGUUGCCAGUCAUUGAGCUUGGAAGGGUCUCAGGGUUCUGAGCUAGCAUGCGCCUUGCUUCCUGCAUCCUCUCCUCCAGUCCCCUUCCCAGAUCAUGUCUUCUUGAUGACAGGGAACUGUAAGAGGCAACUUAAAUGUUUAAACUCCUUCCAGUAGACUCCUGAGCCCAGUUAUCAGGAAACACCCCUGAGCACUCACACAUUAUUGUCACCACUCCCUAAGUACCUUAUUGUGUCAGAUGCCAGGGGAUGAACAAGGUUCCUGUCCUGAUGUUGACAGGAGCUGCUUUCCUCAACUGGUGUGGCCUCAGGUAGUGCUGGGCUGUUAUGCUUUUUUCUUUGCAGUUUCACCCGGCCCUGAGAGCUCGGCUAUUUUUCCUAAGAACAUACCUCUGCUCUGGAGCCUACUUUCCUCAGAUGGACACUUAGUUUCAGGGAGAGGACUAGGUCAUGUUCCCUCUGGCUGCCCAUGCUGGAUAAGGCCCCUGCCCAGGGCUGCUUUCAGCACUACUGUGAUCUGUAUUAAACAUGAAGUGGUAUUCUCCAGUACACAAUCCUCUUGCUCACAAGACCUCAUAAAGUCUGACCUCCCAGUCAGAUUCUGUACCGAAUUGGUGUACAGUUGUAGUUUUAGCACAGUGAGAAUGGGUUUGCUCAAAUUACUAUUUCAAAUAAGAUUUCUGGAGGGAAUAGUUAACAAACCAGUGCUUAUUUACAAAUAACUAAUGCAGAUUGCAAGGAUCCUUACUAAAGUAGGCCACUGGAAUACAUUCUUAGCAAGAUUCUCAGACUCUACUUGGAAAAAAAAAAUGCACUGGAAAACUGUACUCAGAGGUUCACAGGCUAAGGCUGAAUCACAAUUCUGGAAAAUGGGUGCAAGCAGGAAGGGGAGGAAGUGGAACUUAGGUUAUCUCAAGGACAACCAGACCAUUCAUGACAUUAAACCCCAUGUGACAGAUGAACAGGGCUGACCACCCAGGCUGUGGCUUAGUUGAGGAAACCAAGGCAAGCAGGGACAUUUGGAA